AUGGCAUCAGAACUUCAAUUGCCACCGGGCUUCCGAUUCCAUCCAACGGAUGAGGAGCUCGUCAUGCACUAUCUCUGCCGCAAAUGCACGUCGCAACCUAUCUCCGUUCCGAUCAUCGCUGAAAUUGAUUUAUAUAAAUAUGAUCCUUGGGAACUUCCUGCUUUGGCUUCUUAUGGAGAAAAGGAGUGGUACUUUUUCUCGCCACGAGACAGAAAAUAUCCGAACGGUUCAAGGCCGAACCGGGCGGCUGGGUCUGGAUACUGGAAAGCAACCGGAGCGGAUAAACCCAUAGGUAACCCGAAACCGGUUGGAAUCAAAAAAGCGUUGGUUUUUUACGCGGGGAAAGCACCUAAAGGUGAUAAAACCAAUUGGAUCAUGCACGAGUAUCGUUUGGCUGACGUUGAUCGCUCCAUUCGCAAAAAGAACAGUUUAAGGUUGGAUGAUUGGGUGCUUUGCCGUAUUUACAACAAGAAAGGAACUAUCGAGAAACAACCAAACGGUGUUGUUGUUAACCGGAAAACUGAGCAUUCGGAAGUUAUAGAUAAGAAGCCGGAUAUUCUGACACGCGGCGGAGGUCUUCCGCCGCAUCCUCCGCCGCCGGGAAUGAGAGAUUAUAUGUAUUUUGACACGUCGGAUUCAAUUCCGAAGCUGCACACGGAUUCGAGUUGCUCGGAACACGUGGUGUCGCCGGAGUUUGCGAGCGAGGUGCAGAGCGAACCUAAAUGGAACGAGUGGGAAAAGAGUCUUGAAUUUCCUUAUAAUUACGUGGAUGCCACUUUAACCACUGGUUUUGGAUCUCAAUUUCCGAGCAAUAAUCAGAUGUCGCCGUUGCAGGAUAUGUUCAUGUACUUGCCCAAAACCUUUUGAGAAUUGAAAGAUAAAAACGGAAGAAGAAUCUCAGCCACACAAUCACUAUAACUGCAUCGCACGGUAGCACGAGACGAAUGUCCAUGAGUGUGCCUGUGCGAGUGUUGUAGAGUAUUAUUACAGAUUAAAUUUUCCUAAGGCUAAGAUAAAGAGAAAUAUGGGAAGGGGAAAUUUAAAACAAAAUGAAGGUGCAAAUACAUGUGAUGGGGCUACACUGUUUUGGUACAUCCCUAUAUGAAGUGGAUGGAACCAAAGGUGCAUUGUAUGUUUUAUCUGUUUCUAGAAUUAGCUAGCAUGUGCGCAGUAGUUAUUGUAGGAUGUAGAUAGGGUAUAGAACAUGUUCAUGUCAUAGAAUGUCAAUUGCGACAUCCUAAAUUAAUACACUUUCAUUAUGCA